CACGCUCAAGAUUUGGCAGCUGAAAAGCGACAAUAGCCAGAUUCGCCAUGCUCGUCCGUAAGGCUGUCCACAACCUAGGCAACCCCUUACGGGGUAUUUUUUGCCCCUCUGUCACCGUGAAUCGGAGCCAGACAGCUCUAGCGCAGGCCAGAGCCGUGUUGGAGAACGAGCUGGACACGAUUCGAGCCGGUGGCACGUGGAAGGGAGAACGAAUUAUCACCUCCAAGCAGGGAGCUCAUAUCAACGUGGAUGGCAGUCGUGGUGACAUAUUGAACUUCUGUGCUAAUAACUACCUGGGCCUGUCGAGUCACCCGGAGGUGGUGGAGGCAGGACUCAAGGCUCUACAGCAGUAUGGUGCAGGGCUGAGCUCUGUGAGGUUCAUCUGUGGGACGCAGAGCCUCCAUAAGAACCUUGAACGAAAGCUGGCCGAAUUCCAUGAGCGGGAAGAUGCCAUCCUCUAUGCCAGCUGUUUCGAUGCCAACGCUGGGCUCUUUGAGGUUCUGCUUGGUCCAGACGAUGCGGUUCUGUCCGAUGAGCUGAACCACGCUUCCAUCAUUGACGGGAUCCGGCUGUGCCGAGCCAGGCGGCUGCGGUACCGCCAUAUGGACCUGAAUGACCUGGAGGACCAGCUGAAAGAGGCUCAGUCGUCCCGGCUACGCCUCAUAGUCACAGAUGGCGUCUUCUCCAUGGAUGGCGACGUGGCGCCCCUGAAAGAGAUCUGCGACCUGGCUGACCGCUACAAAGCCAUGGUCUUCAUCGACGAGUGCCAUGCCACAGGCUUCCUGGGCCCCCGCGGCAGAGGCACAGAUGAGAUGCUUGGAGUUAUGGACAGAGUUCAUAUCGUCAACUCCACUCUGGGGAAAGCACUGGGAGGAGCGGCUGGUGGCUACACUGUGGGUCCUAAACAAUUAAUUGACCUGCUGAGGCAACGUUCACGCCCGUACCUCUUCUCCAACUCCGUCCCCCCUCCUGUAGUGGGCUGUUCCACCCGAGCUGUGGAACUCCUCCUGGAAUCCAGUGAGAUUGCACAGUCCAUGACGGCCAAAACCAUGAGGUUCAGAGACUCCAUGACUGCUGCUGGGUUCACCAUCUCCGGCAAGGCCCAUCCCAUCUGUCCCGUCAUGCUGGGGGACGCUCGGCUGGCCUCCCAAAUGGCUGACGACAUGCUGAAACUCGGGGUUUAUGUGAUCGGCUUCUCCUACCCCGUGGUUCCGAAGGGGAAAGCCCGGAUCAGGGUGCAGAUCUCCGCAGCGCACUCUGACGAGGACAUUGACCGCUGCGUGGAGGCGUUCAUUCAGACGGGAAGGAAACAUGGCGUGGUGUCCUAAACAGAGCAGUGCCGCUAGGAAAUUUGAAGGGCUAUAACAACAAGAAUGUGACCAACCGAUACCACAGACUGUUACAAAGUUUGUUACAAAGUACAGCUUUUCUUUUUUUUUAUGUCUUUUUUUAUUUUCUCCCUUGUGUUGAAUUGGAACUAUAAGCCCCUAGUUCAGGCUUAUAAAAGUUAUGGAGGACUGCUGGAGACUUUUUUUUUAAUAUAUAUAUAAACUUUUGUUAUAAAACAACAGAUCUUAUAUAUGAAGGAAUCAUUGUUGACAAGGGACAGAAAACAAGGUUUACAUUGCUUCAUGUGCCUGAGAGCUAGGCAUGUUUAAUUCAAGUAUGCAUUUCCCUCUCCUACCAGGGUGGAACAUUGACAGUAAGGACUGUGGGGAGGCAGUGCGUACCUGCAAACAUAUUUGUGAAUGUGAUAAUAUCCACAAACACCAGGGGGCAGCAGUCCAUCAAACGACAACUAGAAAUUUUGCAACAUAAAAAUGAAGCGGCAAUGGAUUUAUACAUCCCCAGACACCUGUAGCAUUCUGUUGCUCAUUUUCAAGAGAAACAGAAUGUUCCUCCGUGUCCAGGAAUGGGGGGAAAAAAACUUGUCGUUCUGUCUUGUCUGAAAGUACAUCAGGCUAUAGGCUAAUGUUGACAGCUUGUGGUAUAGGUUGGGAGCUGGGCUUGUUAGCAUAAAGCCUCUAGCUUUGAUCUCUGGUAGGUAAACGCGAAAGAUAGCCGCCCUGAACAACAGACCUGGGACAAAUGUGUCAAACCAUCCAUGCAUAAAAUUUAAGAAAAUAAUAUUUUUGAGCAUAUUACAAGGUUUGACCAAUUUAAGCAAGUAAAUAUCUGGGUAGGUUUUUCACAUUGUAUUCAAUGAAAACAAUCAGUAUUAAAAAAUGAAUACAAAUUGA